AUCUACUAGCCUCCAUGUGUGUACACUGAAUUGACAGAGUGACUAGAUUAAAAAACAUAUUGCAUGUAUUGUGUGUGUGAGCAAGGGGUGCAUACAUGUACACACGGCGACCACCAGAUCACAUUGGCUUUAUAACCGACUACUUUGUGCAACUUUGAGGGUGAGUUUUACACUUGUUGGAUUCUGGGAAGUUUUUCGUUCAGGGCCAGCCAGAAACUUUCCUUGCCCUGGAAUUAUUUUUUUUCUGAGAUCGUGCUGAACAGUGACUUUGACAGAAUAUUGAAAUGGCCGAAAGACAGAAUUCUGAUCACUCCGGUGCAGUCUUCCAGACCCUUGGGGAGUCUCCUCAAAGAGUGCCUCGUAAAUUAGGCUCCAUGUUUGAGCCUGUUGAGGGUGGCGGAAACUCGCUGCAGUUCUCUGAGGACAAACCUCGCCCGCAGUCCGGGAAAAAAGAUGAGGAUGGCCUUGAUUCACCGCGACACGGUCGCAAGCCGAUGGGGUCAAUGUUCACAACCAUCGAAGCCAACCAAGACAGCUUCAAGUUCCCGUCCGAGCGAGGGGAAGGACGCCCUCGACGCCAGGAUUCUAGUUCCACUGAAACCGAUGGCUCCAACUUUUCCUCCCCUCGCUCCAGCCGUGGUCUUAUCAAGGGAUCCAUGUUUGCCGCCGUUGAAGGGGGCGGCAACUCUCUUCAGUUUGACUCUGAGAAGAAGACCACAGGACCCCAGAGGAGUGACUCAAGAUCGAGCAACCUCAGUGACUCCCCAAGACACACCCCACCCGAUGCAGUCUUCAACAUCGUGGAUCAAGGAACCAACUUGGAGGCCACGAAGGAUCACAAACGGGAUUCCUCGCCGCUCUUUGAGAGGACGCCACGUGUCAAGAACACGCCUAACCAGAGCAGGUCCUGCGGAGGUGGACCGGAGAGCACGGAUGGGGGGACGAUUCCGAGGGACGCUUCAUUGAGCCUGGUACCUAGCGAUGAUGAUGGGGAGGCACUGUGUGAUAGCUUGGAAAUGGAGAAGAUGGUGACGGCGCAAGCUCGUAUCCUGAUCAAAGGAGGCAAGGUGGUCAACGCAGACCACUCCUUCUACUCCGAUGUCUACAUCGAAGAUGGAACCAUCCGACAAGUGGGCAAGGACCUGAUCACACCUGGCGGUGCGAAGGUCAUCGAUGCUAAGGGCAUGUUGAUAAUCCCAGGUGGGAUUGAUACGCACACCCAUAUGCAGAUGCCCUUCAUGGGUACCGUAGCCGUUGAUGACUUCUACCAAGGAACUAAAGCCGCUCUGGCUGGAGGAACCACCAUGAUUAUUGAUCAUUGUCUGCCUUCAAAAGGUGAACCCUUGAUGGAUGCCUAUGAGAAAUGGCGAGGUUGGGCUGACCCUAAGGUCUGCUGUGACUACUCCCUUCAUGUCGGAGUGACUUGGUGGGGUGAUGGAGUCGCAGAAGACAUCACUGCACUGUGUCAAGAGAAAGGUAUAAACUCCUUCAAGAUGUUCAUGGCCUACAAGGGAAUCUUCAUGUUGAAGGAUGACGAGCUGUAUAAGUCCUACAGUGUAAUUAAGGAGAACGGAGCCCUGGCUCUGAUGCAUGCAGAGAAUGGAGAUGUUAUUGAAGAGAAUACAAAGAAGAUGAAAGAACUGGGCAUCUCCGGCCCAGAGGGUCAUCUUCAGAGUAGACCAGAGGAUGUUGAGGCAGAGGCCACAACGCGAUCUAUUUGCAUAGCAAACCAAGUUAACUGUCCUCUGUACAUUGUGCAUGUCAUGAGUAGGAGUGCGGCAGAUGCUAUACGGAAGGCUAGAAGUGAAGGCAAAGUCGUGUUCGGUGAGCCAAUUGCAGCUUCGCUAGGCACGGACGGAACUCAUUACUUCUGUAAGAACUGGCGUCACGCAGCGGGACACGUCAUGGGUCCCCCCCUCAGACCGGACCCCACCACCCCUGGGUACCUGAUGGACCUGUUAGCAAAUGGUGACCUUCAAGUGACGGGGACGGACAACUGCACGUUCAAUGCUGACCAAAAAGCCCUCGGUAAAGACGACUUUAGCCAGAUACCAAACGGCGUCAAUGGAGUGGAAGAUAGGAUGUCUGUCAUAUGGGAGAAAGGAGUGAUGACGGGCAAGAUGGAUGCUAGUCGCUUCGUUGCAGUCACCAGCACCAACGCAGCAAAGAUUUUCAAUAUGUACCCUCGCAAGGGUGUAAUCCAAGUCGGCGCUGAUGCAGAUGUUGUCAUCUGGGAUCCAGUCGCCACUAGAGUCAUCUCCAAAGACACACACCACCAGGCUGUGGAUUUCAACAUCUUUGAAGGGAUGGAAUGCCAUGGUGUUGCUGUAGUCACCAUUAGUCAGGGCAGGAUAGUGUGGGAAGACGGACAGCUGCAUGUAACACAGGGAGCUGGUCGUUUCAUUCCACGUCCUCUCCAUGCCCCAGAAGCCUACAACAAAAUCCUGAUCAGAGAUAAGGUCAACCAGCCUAUUAAGAUAGAACGUGAACCCUACGAUGGCCCAAUCUGGACCCCAGACGGACCCCAGGCCCAGAAGUACGUCCCCAAGGGAGCCCAAUCUUCACCCGAAGAGUUCAACGGCCAACGUGGUGCCAGUUCCAAAUCCAGUGGGCGGGAUCUACACAAGUCUGGCUUCAGCCUCUCUGGACGGCAGCAUGAUGAUACUGUUCCGCACAGAAGUACACACAAGGCUCUAGCGCCACCUGGAGGCAAAUCCAGCAUCAUGUUCUAAAGGAUCAAGUCAUAAGCAGCAAGAGUCUGUUCCUUAUAAUGCUAUUUUAAUAUUCACCAGCUAGCGCGUCGGUUUCUCACUUUUAGCUAGUCACAGUUUUACAAUUUUCUCAGCGCAUACUGAUCGAAACGUCGAGUUGAAAUCUAUGGUUCUUUUCAGAACCACCCC